AUGCCGCCAGCCAUCUCUUCUCGACGCCCGUCGCAAGUAAUGAAUCCUCCUGCUCUCCCACUUGCGCCGGUUGUAUAUACAGGGAGUUCUGGGCCUGGAGGCAAUGAUCAUGGUAGCGUGAGAUCGGCUUCCGGCCCACUGAGACAUCCAAAGCCUCUUACGCCGUCCGACAUCCACUCAAUGCUUGAACAAGAACAAGAAGCAAUGGUUAAUCGUCUAUCAAGAGAGCUGUCCCUCUUACGACAACAAACAGCCUCUGUAGCAUCGACAACUUCCUCAACAUCUACCACCCUCAAUGACCCGUUAGAUACCCUACAGGCUUCCUCUUACUUAUCUUCCUCAGUGCAUUCCACUGCAUCACGGCGCCACCGAUCCUCAUCAAGUCUGAGCUCCUCAUACAUCCCAGCCGUCCUGGGCUCAAGAGCAGGAAGCGGUGCUGCGAUCACUCCAUCGCGAGAAGUUCCUUUAUCGUCUUCUCGUCCGGGUCGGAGUCGAGAGCCGUCGUUUACCUCUUCACGACAGUCAGAAGGAACGCUUCCACUAUCUCCUGCAUCAGCACAGCAAUCACAAGGUGACCAAUUCUCGAAUUAUGUCUCCGGACAGCACCCGUACCCCCAUCGUAACUCGCUCUCUCAACAACGGUCACGAACUACUUCUAUAUCCCGCCCGGAUGAGAUAGCACGGCAACGAGGGGAAUUGGAGAUACUCAAACGGGAAAACGAAGGACUCCGGCGGCGUGUUCGAGAUCUCGAGCUCGUUCUUCGAAAACAUCGCGAACGGGAGCCGGAUGCGACAGCUCAAGUAGCAUCCGGAUCCAUUGCGGCUAUUACAGAUGAAUUGGAUAAAACUUCUGUAACAACAGUGGAUGGUACCAACUGA